AUGAGUGAGUGUGUGUGUACAGCGAGUCAUCUGCCCUUUAACCGGAAUGGAUUCAAAUUUUUCACAAAUGCUGGUGGACUUGGAAAGACUGAUAUCAAAGACGUAUUAGAGCGAGCUGCUGAUAUAUACAAUCAAUUUACAGCUGAAAGUUUAGCAAAUUCUGAGAGAAAGGCUUCAUCAUCUAUUAAGCAAGUUGAUUACAUGAAUGUAUAUACAUCUGACCUAGUAAAGGCAGUUCGCAAAGCAGCGGGAAGCAUAGAGAAGCCAUUGGGUGGUUUCCAUAUAGUUGUUGAUGCAGGCAAUGGGCCUAAUGCUGAAGUGCAAUGUGCAUUUGACUCUUUCUCCAAACUUAAUAUUUGAUGUUUCGUUUUGAUA